AUGACAAACAAUGAACAUAAAUCAGAAUUAGUCUCCCUAUUGACAGACCUAAUGAAAGAAAUAGAUCUGAAGCCAUUACAUCCGAAAAACAAGAUUCUCCUCUACAGUCGCUACGUUCUUUCAAAACUCUCAUGGCAUUUCACUGUAGCAUCAAUUAAAAAAACGUGGAUUUCCGAAAACCUGGACUCAGUUUUCAAACAAUACAUUCGUGAAUGGCUUGAGGUACCUAUUUCUGGAUCACUUAGUAAUAUUUACCUAACCAGUAACAAAUUUGGUCUGAACAUUAUCUCCCCAUCAACUAAAUUCAUACAAUGUCAAACAACUAUCCGCAGUGCUUUGAAGUCAUCUCCUAAUGAAUCAAUAACCCACCUCUGGAAAUCGACCUGUAAUCAUACUAACACCCAAUAUGAUCAGUAUACGUCGACAAAAGAAGUAAUCAAGUCAUUCCGUGAAGUUCAUGAAGAUAAAUUGGAAAAUCGGUUAAAAUGUCAAGGUUCAUUCUUCUCCAGCAUCUCAAAAUUUUCACUACCCCAAGUAAAUUCGAUUUGGCCAACCUGUCAAUCCAAACUAAACAUUUUCAACUUCACUAUUCGCUACAUAAACAAUUCGCUACCAACCCGUAAAAACCUUCAAAAAUGGGGACUCUCCUCGUCCUCUGAGUGCUCGUUUUGCCUUAAACCUGAAUCUCUGUUACACGUUGUUGCUGGCUGUAGUUCCUAUCUUGAUCGAUUUACUUGGAGACACGACUCAAUCCUAAAUUUUAUUGCUAAUAACCUCCCAUCAGAACAUAUUCAGACCAUUUAUGCGGACUUACCGUCAUUCCCUAAUCCCUCUAUUAUUACUGGUGAUGACCAUCGUCCUGAUCUACUAAUUUUGACCAAAGACAAUUGUCUGUAUGUACUCGAACUAACCGUUGGAUAUGAGACUAACCUGAGGAAUAAUAUACAGCGCAAAUAUUCAAAAUAUAAAGAGAUGAUCGUAGAACAAAAGAAAAAAUUCCGGCCGGUAAAGUUCAUUAACCUCUCAAUCAGUGCACUCGGUGUUUUUGAAAAAGAAUCUUCACAUUUCAUACAAAUGUUGGAACAUUAG